AUGGAAAGCCUAAUCAACAAAAAAUUGAAGAUGUUUGCCUCUUCCUCCUCAUACGCACCACCAUCGCCGCCGUGGACCGAAUUACCCGAUGAUUUGACAAUGAAUAUCCUGCAAAGGCUGCGCAUUGAAGAUAUGAUGAGAGCGCAGUUGGUGUGCAGUACAUGGUGGAGAAUCUGCAAGAAUUCAUCCUUGUGGCGCGUGAUUGAUUUGGAUUGUCAACAAUGGGGGAGCGAGGAAUUCGAUGACAUAUGCCGUUUUGCAGUGGAUCGUAGCCAGGGACAAUUGGUCGACCUUUCAGUUACUAGUUUUGCUGGAGUCUAUAGGUUUCUAAAUUACGCUUCUAAGCGAUCAAGUCAGCUACAAUGCCUUUACGUUGAAGAGUGUUAUACAGCAGAAAUUGAUGUAACUGAUGUGGUAAAAAGACUUCCACUAUUGGAAGAGUUGCAUCUUAUCAUGGAUCCAAUGCUCAGUCCCAAAGAUUUUGAAACUAUUAGUAUCUCUUGCCCCAUGUUGAAAUCAUUCACAUAUUUCAACAAGUGGAGAGGUUAUCCACAAUUUACUGAGCAUGCUGUAGCUAUUGGAAAAAACAUGCCUAACCUGCGCCAUCUCCGACUUUUUUCACACAAGAUUGAAAAUAAGGGACUGGAAGCGAUUCUCGAUGGCUGCACCGGCCUAGAAACACUUCAUCUUCGGGAAUGCUCCGGUCUUGAUCUACAAGGGAGUCUAGGCAAAAGAUGUUAUGACCAAAUAAAAGAUUUUAUACUCCAUUCUGAGUCUUGUCAAUCUGAACAUGAUUCUGAGUCUUCUCAUGAAUCUGAAGGUGAUUAUGCGGAUUCUGAUUGGGAUGAUGACGAUGAUUCAUCAAAUGAUAACUUAUCGCAAGGAAACUUCUAUGAUAGUGGUUAUGAAUAUGAUCUAGCUGAUUUUGUUAAGAUUCAAGAUUUUGAUGGUUAUUACUAG